UGUGUGCCGGCAGAUUGAAAAUUUAGGCCAGGCCCUGCCAGUAGCCAGGCGCUGUUUUGAGGCGUUCGAGUCUGCAAUCAAUUCCACUUUCCUUGUUCGUAUUUUAGGUGUUUCUUUUCAGCCCAUCAUCGGGAAAGAUUUUGUAUUUUUAUGUUAUUAAGAAAAUAAUUUUAUAGGCCUAUAUCUGACGUACGUUGUUUUUUUUUUUAUAACCUCCAGCCUGAGCUAUGGAUUUUGAAUUCGAUGCUCCACAGUUUUUUGACUUUGAUAAUCCCCAUGUCUACGAGGAGGCAUACAACGACACUUGGUUCGACAAUCGCAUGGAGGAUGACAUUCCUUGUGACGCCGAUCAAAAAGAUGGAAUGGCCAGAAAAGCUGGGAAUGGAAUUCCUGCGAAACCUCAAAGAGUCAGAGUACCGAAGUCAAUGGGUACAGCUGCUCCCCAAAGUGACAGUGCCGUAAAGAUGGAAACCUCGGCAGCCAGACCUGCAGGGGAUUCAUCUUCACAAAUGAAGCCACGCAGAGUUCCUGUAUGUGACAAGCCUGCUCCACAAAAGACUGAGAGAACCCCACAUCCAUCCCCUAAGAAAAAGCAGAGGUUGUCUGAAGAAGAAGGGAAGAACUUGGUUGAGGCAAAGGUCGAAGCUGAAGACCAAGCCCUUGUUGUGGAGAUGAGUUCACCUGCUGCCAACACACGGUCACGAAAAAGGACUUCUGCAGAGAGUAACAGCAGUCCCAGUGCAUCUUCUCACUCCGAGAUGGAGCCCGCGUCUUCUCCUGUUCAGCAGCCUGCUAGAUCUCCAGUGACGAGACAGCAGUUCAAAUCUCCUGUAGCAGCGAAGCUUUCCAAGUCCCCCACAAAAGGAUUACGUUCUCCCAGGAAAGCUGUCAAAUCACCUUACAAAGCUCCCAGGUCUCCCAGGAAACCACCCAAAUCUCCGUACAAAGCCCACAAAUCUCCCAGGAAAGUUCUCAACUCCCCUUACAGAACCCACCGAUCUGGAAGUUCAACCUUAAAUCUUCCCAAGUGUGCCAGCACUGGUAAACUGCACAGGUCAAACUCGAAAUCUGAAAAGAGAACUUUCACUGCCGAGUCCAGACGACCAGGCAUGGAUAUGAAAACAAGGUCAACUCUGAAUUUGAAAGGAAAAACAUCGGAGGAAAUAGAACUGGAGAGAAUAGCUACUAUGCAGAAAGAAUUGGCAAAAACACGCCAACAAGCACAGGAUUCUUACAAGAAAGCCAUGAAGGCUGGAGGCUAUAUACCUGUUCGAUCUACCCAGUGUGCAACUUUGCCACAAGGAUUCCACUUUAAAACUGAUGGAAGGUUAAAGAAUCCCCAGGCUUCUGGAAAGGAUUUGAAAGUGAAAGAUUUUACAAAAUGUUUGCGGGAAGCUUUACCUCAGGGCCAGCAUCUUCCAUCAAAACCUCAAGUUCGAGGAUUGACGAAGCCUCAGCCUUUCAAGCUUUCUUCUGCAAAAAGUACAAAUGCACUUCACAGCAAUAAGUAUGAGUCAGAUGCUGAGAAACUUAUUGCCUUUCAAAGGCGCACGCCGGAGAGAUUCAGAACGCAGCCUCAUGGUGCCAAGCAGCGGUCGAGGUCUGUAUCUAAGUUAACAGAAGGUUCCAGAGGUGUGAGAUCCCCAUCCCCUGGCCUGACAAUAGCUAAGACACCCAAUUUGACGACCAGGGGACGCUCAAGGCCAGUUCAUACUAUGUCCAGGGAGGAAAAAGAGCGACUGGAGUUUGAAGAGCACCAGAAACAACAAUUUAAGGCACAUCCCGUGAAUCAUAGAAUCCUGGCAAAGCCAGUCAUAGGUGCGCCUAAGGCAGCACCUAAGCCCCUGACCGUGACGGAAGAGUUCAACCUCCACCAUAAGAGAGCGGUUAGCGUAGAAGACCUACGGUCGAAAACUGAAAGUGGAGAGAAGUUUGAGUUCCAUGCGAAACCGGUCAAUCCGAAAAUACUUCAAGGCCCUGUGGGUGUUAAACCCGUGGAACCCUUGCCCCCCACAGUUCCGCAGUCUCCAGCGUUUGCCCUCAAGAACCGAGUGAGAAUACCCGUAGAAGUUCCUCAGGUGGAGGAGACAAAGGCCAAUAUGAAGGCAAACCCUGUCCCACACCCGGGCAUUCCGUUCCGGCCUCGUCUAGAACACCACCAUACAGUGCCGGAGCCAUUCAGUGUGGAGGAGAGGAGCAAGCAGAUGUUGACGCGAAGGGAGCUCAAAAUACAGCAGGUCCUGGAAGAGGAGAGACGAGCCCGAGAGUUCCAUGCCCAAGGCUUCCCCAAUGACAAACCCGACACGCUACCCCCCAAGCAGGAGCGAGGCAUAACCUUGAUGGAGCCCUUCCAACUUUCUGCAGACCACAGGGGUCAGAGAUACAAGGAGGAGUUCUUUGCAAAGCAGGUUGAAGAGGAGGAACGUCAAGCUAAGGAAGCUGCCCAAUUCAAAGCCAGGCCUAACCAUGUGAUACACCAAGAGCCAUUCCUGCCUCAAAGGUCCAAAAAGCCGCUUACAGAAGUCAGUGACUUUGCUCUCAACACGGACAUCCGGGCCAGCCAGAGAGAAGCCUUUGACCAGCAGAUAAAAGCGCGGGAGGCAGAACUGGAGGGCUUGAAGAGACAAAGAGAAGAACGUAUUGAGAGAGAAGAAAUGGAGGCCAUGGCCAAAAUGCGACAGGCUGCGGUCCACAAGGCCUCAGGAAUCAAAAAGUACAAGUCGGUGAUUGUCAAGCCCAGCGAGAAGCCCUUGACCGCGGCUCAGUCUCCGUGCUUCUCACAGCGUGUCAGGACCAGGCAUAAUGUCAGUGACCUCUGAUGACCUUUGACCAGAUGUGCACUGGCUGUUUUUUGGGUUUUUUUGGAGGGGGGCGAAUUUUGUGUUUGUAUGAUAAUAAUGAUAAUGA